UAACCUCGAAUUUAUGACACCAUAUGUCAGUGAGUAAAAGUUAAAAAGUUUGCGUCUUGUGUAACCGAAAUCUGGAAAGUUUUCAACUAUAUUUUGCUUAUGGAAUCAACCUUUAUCCCAAUGGCUGACUACUCUGAAAUGUGGCCUGUGCCUACUUAUACACAAGAAUUCGAGAAGAAUAAAUUUGUCUUCAUUAAUAGGAACAAAGAACACACCUUCACUAAACCUAGUACUGUUCUCAUCAAUCCUCAUUUCAAAGAGAACAAAAAAGUUUUUGUGAAUCCUAAAUUUCAAAUCGCUCAGAAAGAUCCUUACUCUCGACCUAAAAUCCAUGUUAACCCAAACAUAUUGAGGUCUGUAUCAUCUAUAACGCAACAAGUUCAGUCAGUGAACCCUCUGAGUCUCCAUAAUGGUGGAAGCAGUGUGAUGUUAUCUUCUGAGAAUCGAAUUGUUCAGAACGCUAGUGUUGAAAUCAAUCAGAUCCAAAGAAUACCUAAACCAACUGUUCCAGUGAUUAAUACUAAUCGUUUCCACAGUCAGAAAACCAAUGCAUUUUGUAAAAUCAACUCAACUGAUAAUCAAAAGAUAGUAUACUCUAAGUCGAAAGUCGUAAAUGUGCCACAGAAGAGUCAGAUUAAUGUGUGUCCUGUUAAUCAUCAGUUAGUAAAACCAGUUUCGAGAUAUCCAGGUGGAAAUGAGCUGAAUAUGAGUAAAGGAAACAAAGUUAUGGGUGAAAACCAUAGAAAAGUCCAUACAAGAUUGAAGAUUGUCAAUGUACCUGAGAAUAAAAAAAUUCUUACGAAUCCUAUUACGAAGCAGAGAGUAGAUUUUAAUUCCAAAGAUAGUUCUAUCUGCACGAGAUUCAAAUAUAUAAGAAAGGAAAUGUUGUCACCUAAAACAAUACCCUCUGUCACUAGUGAGAUGAUAAAGCCAUUGAUAACUAAUAAUAAUCAUCCAGUAAUCAACAGUCAAAACUCAGGAUCAGUGAAGACUCCUCCCAGAUAUGCACGAGUACAAAGUUUUCAGGAAAACAAUUCACUUAGAAAGAAUGCAAUUAUGACAAGAUUUAAGUAUAUAAGAAAUGGUGCAAAAUUGAUGAAAAUUAAUAGAGAUGCUAUGAAAUCCAAGUACAAAAUAGUGAAUACACCUGGAGUUUUACAAGGAAAGAAAAAUAAAGUCAAACUUAACUCUUCAACAAAUCGUAAGAAAUUUGUGUAUGUGAACAAAUAUAAUAGUUCCAGCUUCUUAGCCAACAAUGUGAUUCUGAAGAAUUCGAAACAGAGGAAUUUAAUAAAGAUAAAUGGUAUUUUAUAUCAGAAUUCUCCUUGCCUUCUGAAGAAAGCCUCUUUGUCACCAAAAAGUAAGUUUGCAGGAGCAAACCAAUUGUCUUUCAGAUCAAAAGUCAAGGGUACUGCUAAGCAGGUGGUUCAGCAUAAAGGAAAAUAUAAAAUUGUUAGGUCCCAAUUAGCUUCAGCUCCCAAAUUAAAAAAGAGUAAUAUGACUUGUCCCUCGUACAAGAGGACUGGGAAAUGUAUUGGUCAGGAAGAUGGCACUUGUAUAAAAGUGCAUAAUCCUGAUCUGAUUAUUUUAUGCAAGAGCUUUUUACGAGGUGAAUGUCGCAAUGAUAACUGUUUGCUAUCUCAUAAGGUUUCGUGUGAAAAAAUAGAAACAUGUAAAUAUUUUUUGGGAGGUUCAUGUAAUAAAGUUGGAUGCCAGUAUUUGCAUGUUAAGAUAAGUCCAAAUGCCGAAAUAUGUAAAGACUUCCUUGAAGGAUUUUGCAAAGAAGGACUCAAGUGUAAUAAGAGGCAUCAGUUUCUAUGUCCAGAAUUUGAGAAAACUAAGAAAUGUACUAAAACAAAAUGUCCAUAUCCACAUCGCUCUUCCAAAGUAAUCAGAUCGAAAGCUCCGAAGAAAACAACGAAGAAAAUAUUGCAACGAAAAGUUAUAAAACCUUCAAAACAGACUGUUGAAGAAAACUGUCAAAUACGUUAUUACAAGGACAAUUUGGAGGAUACCAAUGAAACGGAAGAACGUGAAACUGCGGCGAGAUCAAAUGCAGGAGAAGAAAUGGCAAUUCCGAAGAGGAAAAAGCUAGGGUCGUUACCAUCAUUCAUACCCAUUAAUUGAAUGAACUUGACAGAAGUGUGGUAUAUCUUUUCAUUGUGAAAUUAUUGAAGUUUUAUUCUAAAUUAAUUUUAUCUUGAAUUCAAAUAUUUCGGAUUUCCAAUUUUUAGAUAAUUUUUUCUUCACAACAUAUCAGUUUUUUUCUUUGCAGUGCCCUGUACAUUAUUUUUGAUUAUAGGUCCUUCCUUACAGGACGUUAAAUCUUAUAUUUGAUUGUAAAUACUAAUCACAAUUCUUUUUCAGCUGAUCUCUGUCGGGUAGUGUUUCGGUGCUACACAUUUAAAGUGAUGAAAUAUAUAAAUUGAAAGUGAAUUGAAAUAAUAUAUUUUCCAAAUAAAUUUUCAAAAAUA